AUGGUCGUCUCCCCCCACGAUCCCCUGAAGAGCGAAGAGGCACAAGAUGCCGGAUGGGAGGCCGGCAAGGGAGGACUUAUCGGAGCUGCCAAAUGGGGUGUUGGAGCGGCAAUCCUGGGGGGCGCCGCCUACUUCUGGUCACCAGUUUAUCGCAAAACCACCGUCCAGUUCAAAGUUUAUGUUCAAAUGUCGGCCAUGGUCCUCGGCGGCAUGAUCGGGGCAGACCAACGCUUGAGGCAGUAUGAAGCUCAUGUGAGAGCUCAGAGAAGGUGGCUUAGAGAGAAGGCAAAGUGGGAUAGGUACGAGCAGGAAGUUGCACAGAACAAUGGUAAAUAA